GACUAGCGGCCGCGGCGUAGUGCGCCUGCGGGGAGCUGAGCUGGCCAAUGGUUGUACCCCUCGCGCUGGUGGGAGGACACGCGCACGGCGCACUCUCGUCGCGGUCGCCUACUCGCCAGGGAAAGUGUACAUCGGAACGAACCGAUCGGAACCGAAUCGAAUCGCACCGGGUUCGGCAGAAGCGGACCGGGGCUGAAUCGGUACCUUCGCACGGAGGAACGAGGAGGGGUGUGAGCGUGGUCUCUGUGGCGUAGAACCCUGACGCACCUGAAGGAAGCACAGUGUGAAUAAAAUAAUUUCAGUAACAGUGAUAAUAAGAGCGACUGGCUGCUGCAGCCAGAGGGGAGACCCGCCGGACCGGGGCACCCCCAGCGUCCCGGCUCCACCGUUCGCCUGCCGUCCUGCCGGUUUUGGUUUGGUUUUAUAUAUAUACAUUUUGAUCGGCCACGGUAUGACUCGCUGCGAUCCGAUAGUUUGAUGGGGCUUUUACGGAUUAUGAUGCCGCCCAAGUUUCAGCUCCUGGCGUUGCUCGCCUUCGCCGUGGCAACCCUCUUCCUGGAGAACCAGAUUCAGAAGCUGGAGGAGUCCCGUGGGAAGCUAGAGCGCGCCAUCGCAAGGCAUGAGGUGCGGGAGAUUGAACAGCGCCACACUCAGGAUGGCGUGCACGAGCCGCCGCUGGGCGAGAGCGAUGACGUAGUCAUCAUCUACAAUCGCGUGCCCAAGACGGCCAGCACCUCCUUCACCAACAUCGCCUACGACCUGUGCGGCAAGAACAAGUACCACGUCCUGCACAUCAACACCACCAAGAACAACCCUGUCAUGUCCCUGCAGGACCAGGUGCGGUUCGUGAGGAACGUGACGUCCUGGACAGAGAUGAAGCCGGCUUUUUACCACGGACACGUGGCUUUCCUGGACUUCUCCAAGUUCGGCGUGAAACGAAAGCCCAUCUACAUCAAUGUGAUCCGAGACCCCAUCGAGCGCCUUGUGUCCUAUUACUACUUCCUGCGCUUUGGAGAUGACUACCGACCAGGACUGAGGAGGAGGAAGCAGGGAGAUAAGAAGACCUUCGAUGAGUGCGUGUCGUCCGGCGGGUCCGACUGCGCUGCAGAGAAGCUCUGGCUGCAGAUCCCUUUCUUCUGCGGACACUAUUCGGAAUGCUGGAACGUGGGGAGCCGGUGGGCGCUGGAGCAGGCCAAAUACAACCUGGUGAACGAGUACCUGCUGGUGGGCGUGACCGAGGAGCUGGAGGACUUCAUCAUGAUCUUGGAAGCAGCUUUACCACGCUACUUCCGUGGUGCCACUGAGCUCUACCGUACAGGGAAGAAGUCUCACCUGAGGAAGACGAGCGAGAAGAAGCCUCCCACCAAGGAGUCCAUCGCUAAGCUCCAGCAGUCGGACAUCUGGAAGAUGGAGAGCGAGUUCUAUGAGUUUGCCCUGGAGCAGUUCCAGUUCGUCCGCGCCCACGCCGUCAGGGAGAAGGACGGAGACCUCUACAUCCUGGCUCAGAACUACUUUUACGAAAAGAUUUACCCCAAGAUGAACUAGGGUCCGGG